AUUUGAUUGACAAAUGUUGUCGGUUGAAUCAUCAACCUUGCUAAGAUCCCUCCUGACAGCAAUAGCUCAAGGAGAAAUCAGUAUUGAAAAGCAGAGGAAAAAGUUAGGCAAGCUUGUCAAGUACGAACCCUACUGUGCAUUCCAAAGGAUAGACAGGAGAAGAACAGGGUAUGUCAGCAGCAAAGACAUACUUGCUUUUCUGAGAGAUAAUGAAUUUCAAGAGGAGACAGAAGCUGAUACUUACUACCUCAUGAAGUUCUUUGAUGUUGAUGAAGACUGUAAGCUCAACUACACUGAAUUCUUAACCCUUGUCCUUCCUUGAGACAAUGCUAAGCUUAGAAAUGAGAUAAUAAUGAGGCCUAACUUUUACGUUGGCUUGCUUGAUUUCCUUCCAAAGACGAUAGAGUACGAACUUUGCAAGCUCUUUGUUAAAGAGAUAGCUUUCCAUUCUAGAAUUGAGAACAUAAAGCAGGAGUUAGCUUCAAAGCCUGACUUUGAUUCUAAAUCAGGAUUCAAAACGAUUGAUGAUUGGAAUUACAACUAUAUUGAUUUUUCUAAUUUGAAAAGGUUUCUAAAAUCCACUGGUCAUAUAGCUACAAACAAAGAGCUUGCCGCUAUCAUCAGACGGUUAGAUCUAAAUGCAGACUCUCGCUUAUCCUUCGAGGAAUUUGAUGAAGGAAUUAAGCCUAUUGAGCCAUAUUCAAAAGUUACAUCAAAGAAUAAGUCUAAAGCUAAGAUAAGGCCUAAUACAGCUAAAUUGAGGUCAAAGAAAUUGAAAUCUUCAAUUAGAAAGAAGAAAGUAAAGAAGAGAUUUAGAAAAAUUCGACAUGCUGUUACCGAUCCUUCAUGUUGAGAUAAGAGGAGUAUCGAGCAAUAUGCUUAUUCCCAAAGUAAAGCACAGUCUUCUUUACCUGAUACCUCCAAACCCAAAGCUAGAGAGGGAGAGUCUACAAAGGAGGAGUUUGAUGCAUACAGGAGUCCUUCUGAAGCAAAGCUUGGGUAUGACUCGAAUCCUUACCACAAGUCAUCUUCAUAUUUUGAAAAUUAUGAGCUGGACAGCAGAUAUGGGUAUCCAGAGAGAAUGCACACAAGUGUGAGUCCUCGCCAUGCCAAGGAGCCUAUAAUGUACAGUCCAAGGAACCCUCCAGAUAGCAUGCCUGAGUUUGAAAGUACUCUUACGCGUGCUGAUGAAAGAGAACUGGUGAGCGCCCUGAAAGAUCUCCUUGAGAUGGAAGAAGAUUUAGAGAAGUACAAGAUUGACCUUAGCCUAAUGCCUGAUUUUAACUUGAUUGAUCUCUUCCGGACUUUUGAUACAACUGAUAAGGGUUACAUCACAUUUGAUGAAUUCAGAUCUGGCAUGCACCUCUUUAGUGUUCAUCCUAGUGAAGAAGAGGCCUUACUUUUGUUCACUCGAUAUGAAACUGUAGAGAAAGGAACCUUAACUUUUGGAGACUUUAGCAACAUCUUCUGUCCAAAGGACAAGGAGUGCAGUUUAUCUCUCAAAGCAAGGAAAGCUUUUUAUAUUAACAAGCAGUAUAAAAACCUUAACGAAUAUUUUAAUCCGGAAACAAGACAUGCAGUUGAGAAUUUACUGACUACCAAUAUUAGGGUAGAGUCAUGCGUUGACACAAUAAAAGACCAUUUAUCUCUACUCCCAUGAUUCAGUGCAAUGGAAGCCUUUAACACAAUUGAUAUGAAUAAUAAUGGAUAUCUUGAUAAAAAGCAGUUCAGCUUACUACUAGAAGCCCAUGGAAUCUACUCCAAGAAUUGAGAGUACUUAGUAGACCGAUUUGAUAAACAGAAGAACGGGAAAGUCAGUUUUAGAGAAUUCUCAGAUGGCUUCAGAAAGUACUAAAGGGAACUUAGGGUUGUUUCCAGUUCAAUUUUAUCAAUCUU